CUCCGAUCUACCGGGAGUACAUUGCAGUGAGACGUCCCAGGCCAAGGACAGCACAUGUUCCUGUCAAAGCGGACAUGGCUAGCAAACCAGUCUCGUCGGAUAGUGGCAUUAUUGUUUUGUCCCGCGCGUUCCGGGCACCCUCCUUCUCGAGGUGGACUCGUUGGUCGGGUCCACGCUGUGGCAACCCCCCUCUUGUUUCUAUACUUCUCCCGUUUCUUUCUAGGAUGUCGUCCCAAGUGGUUGUAGACGGCCUGGUGAAGCCAACGCCAGGUGCAAUUCUUCUUGGCUCCGUUCUCAGUGCGAUGUUCUUUGGCAUGAUAAUGAUACAGAAUCGUAGAUACUAUGAGAACUGCUGGGACGAGUCGAUGCGCCUGAAGUUGUUUGUUGCGUUGAUAGGUGCUUUAAAUACGGCGCAAAUGGUCACUGUCACAGACUGCGACUGGUGGAGGUUGAUUAACAACUACCGCGUACCAGCAACGUCAAGCAGCAUGGCGUGGAAUUUAGCACUCGGUGUCGGUUUAACGGCUACAAUCGCCCUCAUGGUCCAGAGGUCGGUCCACAUUCACUCCGUCCGCCGGACGUCGUACUUACUUGCGCCUUGACCUCAGUUUCUUCGCACUGCGCGUUUGGAUCAUCUGUCGGAACAAUCGAGUGAUCACGCUUUCCAUCGUAUGUAUUCCCGGUUCACACACACCGAGGUACCCGGAAGCUGAUACAUUCCGAUCAUGCUAGGCCAUGCUAGCGCUGCUGCAGCUAGGCAAGACGUCUUUCUUUCUUCAGUACCUCAGAGCC